AUGGAAAUUCCAAUAUUACUUCAACAAGCUAAUAAUAAUGACAUGGAUACCACUUUCUUUGAGACAAAGUAUCAACCAAGAAGUUGGGUAAUUCAAAAAAUUGAAUCGACAAUCGAGAAAUUGCUACAUGAUCUCGCCAAAGGCAAUCAUCAUCCACUUGUUAUCGAAUCCGUAUCAAAUACUAAUAACUCGCGAAGGAAGGAAACACACACAAGAUAUGAUUCUCAAACACAAACAAUCAGAAGGACUAAUGAGCCUGCAGUGAAGCAAUUACAUUUCCCUUCGACGAAAAAUACGCGUAGUUUUGUCGUUAUUAUAAGGCUCCUUGAAAUAUGCCAUAAUCUUUUAGUGCAAAAUAUAACUGCUACAAAACGCGAUAUAUAUUACAAAGAUAUACAAUUAUUCGGUAGUCAAAGUACUGUCGAUAUUACUGCAUCAGCUAAAGGCUUAAUAGCUGGUCCUUUGAAGAUCCUACAAAAAGAUGGCACUGUUCUCGAUUGCCUACCAUUAAAUUAUCAGGGGGUUUUAAUUCCAACCUUGGAAUUAAUUGAUAAUAUCCUUUCUUCGAUUAUUUUAUCAUUAUUCAUUAGUUAUUUAUUAAUUCUUAAUAAAAAUGAAAUACAGUUAGAACCUCGAGCAGAGUUUGCCACUUUUCAAUAUAUACUUUCAAGUCACAGAUUGGACGAACUUCCUCCGUGUAUUAUGAUUACUGGCAAAGGGUAUCCGGAUGUAGCAACCCGCCAUUUAGUCAAACUACUUGCAGAUCAGAAAAUAUCAAAUACAAGUCAAUCAUCGACAAAUACUCAAAACGAGUUUCCGAUACUGGGGCUGUUUGAUAAUGAUCCUUACGGUGUUGAAAUUUUUUUCGUAUACAAAUUUGGAUCAACGUCAAUGUCGUUCGAUAACGAGAAUCUGGCAACACCAAAUUUACGAUGGCUUGGAUUACAUUGCUCUGAUCGUCGAAGGUAA